UCCGCAUUCUAUUGAAAACCAGUAAUUAGCAAGUCGCUUUUACACAAUCUGCUUCAAUUUUUUCUCAAUCUCAAGAUAUUCUUGUUAGAAAUAUUGAGCUCACUUUAAUAUCUUUAUUAUUAUUUGAAUUCAACGCUUUUAAAGGAUUAAUGGAGAAUAAUCGCAAUCGUGGUAGAGCACGCGGAAGGGCUCGCCCACCAGAUAGUCCACCACCACCGACACUAUCCGGUGCUUGGGCAUCUGGUAACCCCUUGCGUUCACCCAGAACACAGGGACCAGCUCCGGUAACACCGCCGCGGCAGCCUGUAGUAUGGGGACCCAGUCGUCAACAAUCGUUAACUCCAAGACAAAAUGCACCAGGUUCAACUGACCAAACACCAUCACCUCAAAGCGGGGACGCGUCAAAUCAACCUAAAUCUGACAAGCAAAUGCAAAUGCGUAAAGCUCCGGAGGAUGGAGCAGCUUCUUUUCAUCCACAAGGGCAUGGCGACCGAAGGGGCCGUGGGCGUAAAGAAUUGCCUACUGUGACCAUUACCACCAAAUUGCCUAACCUUGGCAAACAGGGUACGCAUGGAAAAAGCGUUGCCCUACAGGCAAAUUAUUUCCGAUUGGUGACACGACCUGACUGGUGUCUGUUUCAAUACCGUGUCGAUUUUGCGCCCGAUCUUGAUGUUACACAUAUUAAGAAACGUCUGUUUUACAACGCUGUUAAAAUGGAAAUUAGAAAGGGAUUAUUUGACGGUACCGUUUUGUAUACUCCAUUUAGGCUUCAUCCGGAUCCCAGGGAGAUUCUUGUGGCAUCAUUGACUAAUCCUGAUGAAAAAAUAAGGAUUACAAUCCGCAUGGUUGGUGAACUAGACAAAAGUAGCUAUCAUUACCUACAAGUCUACAACUUAAUCGUACGCAAAUGCAUGAGCCAUUUAAAUCUUCAAUUAAUUGGUCGUGAUUAUUUCGAUCGCGACAACCGCGAAGUGAUUCUCAACUACAAUCUGGAGUUGUGGCCCGGUUUUGUAAACUCCAUCCGCCAACAUGAGCGCGAAAUCCUCAUGUGCGUCGAGAUUCGUCACAAAGUAAUGAAAACUGAAACAGCUCUGUCUGUUAUUCGAAAGAUUAAAAACGACCGCCAUUCUGGCGAUAGUUGGGAGUCAGCGUUCAGGAACAGAAUGUUGAACGUAGUGGUGUUGACUGAUUACAACAACAAAACUUAUCACAUUGAUGACGUGGACUUUGAAAGAACUCCCGAGAGCACUUUUCAGAUGAAGGAUGGAUCAACGGUAUCAUUUCGGCAAUACUACGACACGCGCUAUAAUCUGAAGCUUACUGAUUUAACUCAGCCAUUGUUGGUAACCAAAGUGAAGCCAAGACGCCCUCGUGGGGAAACUGCGAUUGCGGAUUCACCUCAGAGUUUAACAAUGCUUCUCAUUCCGGAAUUAUGUCGCAUGACCGGCUUGACUGAGCAGGAACGUGCUAAUCGCCAAAUGAUGACCGCACUGGGUGGUUACAUGAUAAGAACACCAGCCAAACGUAUUGGUGAUUUACUCAAGUUUAACGAAAGAUUGCAUAGCAAACCGGAGUCCAUUGUUGAAAUGAAACAAUUUGAUUUAACUCUGUCUAAGGAUAUUAUUUCAUUCUCUGGGCGUGAAUUGGGUAUUCAGGAACUUCUAUGUAAUGGGGGCAGGACUAAAUAUUCUGCUGAUGAUCGAGCAAGCUGGACGAAUAAAGUGUGUAGCAAUACGUUGUAUCGAAUUGCAAAAAUGGACCAGUGGGCAAUUGUUUAUUCAAAGAAUGAUGCAAAUUUUGGAGAUUCCAUGAAGGGUUUCUUUCCACUCAUGCAGAAAGCCGCAAAAGGAAUGGGCUUGAAUCUGGGUAAUCCAAUAUUUCAGGUAAUACAUGACAGCCCCGGAAAAGGAGUCUAUAAUGUAGCUGCCAUUAUUCAAGCAAUUGAGGGACUCUUCGCAAAAUAUCCAAAAUUAAUGUUUUUUAUGGUGAUUGUACCACCGAAUCGCAACGACCAAUACAUGCGUGUCAAAAAGAAGCUGACUUCAGAUCAUGGAGUCUGUUCACAGGUGAUGACCUCUACAAAAACUGAUCCACGCUCGAAUAAAGCUUUAAGCAUUGCUACAAAGGUGGUUAUUCAAAUAAAUUCCAAAUGUGGUGGAGCUCCCUGGACUAUUCAAUUGCCUGAAUUUUUGAGUGAUCUAAUGGUGGUCGGAUACGAUGUCUGCCAUGAUCCGAAAAAUAAGUCCAGAAGUUUUGGUGCUUUUGUUGCUUCGUACGAUCCGAAACUCACCGCUUAUUACAGUGCAGUGAAUGCACAUAAAGACGGCGAAGAGCUCUCGAAUUUCAUCAGCAUGUCUUUGGAAAGUGCGUUGGCAAAAUAUACGAAUCAGAAUAAGAAACUACCAAGAAUAUUAUUUUUUCGUGAUGGUGUGGGUGAUGGUCAGAUUCAAUAUGUGUAUGAACACGAAAUAAAACGCAUUCAAGAGAAGUUGAUACCACUGUAUGGUAAGCAAAACUUGCAGCUACGACUACGCGUAAUUGUCGUCAACAAGCGAGGCAAUGCUAGGAUUUUCAAAAAUGGUAAUAAUCCGGCACCUGGAACAGUAGUAGACGAUUUCAUCACUAUGCCAGAAAGGUCAGAUUUUUACUUAAUUUCCCAGUGUACCAAUAGAGGAACAGUUUCUCCCACAUAUUAUAAUAUUCUGGGACCAGACGAGUUUGGUGUGGACACAAAUGGUACUCAGAUUCUGACGCAUCGUUUGUGUCAUAAUUAUUAUAACUGGUCUGGAUCAGUUCGAGUGCCCGCACCGUGCCAAUAUGCGCAUAAGUUAGCCUUUUUGGCUACGAAUGCGUUGCAACGUUGUCCGCACAAGAAUCUGGAGCAUUUGUUACAUUUUCUUUAAAUGUGUUGAUUGCUUUGUGUUGAAUGACAGCAACUUACUAUAUUGCAACGUACCAUUCAAUUCAAGUUUCAUUUGUUAUGUGGAAUCUCACAGAAUGUUAGUUCUUAAAAAACAAAAACAUCUUAAGUAAAAAAUAAAGUACACAGUUUUCUUUUUUCAAA